UAUGCCGUGCAGUUGGUGGGGACCAAGCAAGGAACAGGUACAAGCAGCUCAACACAGAACCAAACAAGAGAGCCCCUACUGAAAACCCUGUGGGUGGCAGAAAUCACCAACUACUCCACUCAGUACAACAGCUCAGGAUGGUCAGCCAGGAUGGUUGUGGGAGAACCCAGAGUGUAUCCCACCUAUGGAGACGUCCCAGGAGCAUGGGCCACGUCUACAAAAGACGCCCACCAGUUUAUAGAGGUGAAGUUUGAGGAGAAGUUGUACCUGAAUGAAAUCAACAUAUACGAGACUUAUCAUGCAGGAGGCGUCAAGAGAGUCUCAGCCAAAGACCUGGCAGGAAACUGGGUCAUGCUGUACCAAACAAAUCGCUGCCAGAAUUUACAAUCCAGUCGAAUUUUUUCUCCACAGUUUAAUCCCCCCGAAUUUCCAGUGGAUGAGCUCAGAGUAGAAAUUGACUGUACAGUGAGUGGAUCCUGGGUGGAACUUGAUGCCAUUAAUAUAAAAGGAACAUCAAUGCCAAAGUUCCUUCCUGGCCUCCUGCUUGUCAACACUGGUCAACAACAAGAUGUUCAGUGA